CUGGUUUGACGUCAUCACGCUGCGUCGCCUGCUCCUAUAGACACGUGAACAUACAGUUCUGUGUAAACUGUGUUGUGUUGCAGGUGUGACGUGUGUGAUGGUUGAGAAGAUGGGGGCCAAAGGUCAAAGGUAUUUUAAGGCGUCCCAGAAGACAGGGAAGAAACGCGGCGCACAGGGAGGCGGUGAUGCUGCGGGGAAGAGAGCGAGACUGGACGCCAUGACCGUGGGAUAUUACCGGCGCAUCUGUGACAGACUGAAGGAGGGAUUCACAGAAGACGAGGAGAGAGAUCUGUUUGUGGAGAACGUUCUGGCAGAGGUGAAGGGCAAAGCUAACCUUGUCGCCAUGGAUAUGACGGGCAGUCUGGCUCUGGAGAAGCUGCUGUCCUUGGCCACAGUCGUCCAGGUGGGGGAGGUGCUUGCGGAAAUGGGCGGAGACACGGGGUCAGAGUUCAGACGUGUAGCGUGCCAUCCGUGUGGAGGUCAUGUGAUGGAGAGCGCUUUGAGACAGACACACAGGUGGACAGAGGAAAACGGAAGUGCAGAAGAGAAAUCGGAUGUCGCACAGACGGAAGAAGAGGAUUGUGGGAUGUUGGAGGUUCAGGUGCAGCGUCUGUGUGGAGUGGUCAGAGAAAACAUCACAGAAUUCAUCAAAGAUCCGCACGGAUCUCACGUGCUCCGAACGCUCAUACAUGUGCUGGCAGGCUGUUUGACUUCAGAACCGUCUGACGCUCAACACGUGAAAAAGGACCGAAAAUCCACAAGCGAGAUGAGAGAUUUUGAGAUUCCAGCAUCAUUCUGGUGGGAGCUGAAGUAUCUGUCUGAUUCUCUGAUGGAAAACCUCAACGUCUGUGCGACCAAUCCCAGCGCCAGCGCCACUCUUCAAACGCUACUCACCGUCUGUCACAGGAAGAGACCCAUACUGUGUAAAAAACUCAACAAGAGCAUUAUGGGAUACCUGACAUCACUCAGUUCUGCUCCUGGAGUCAGUCCUCUCCUGGUGUUUCUGAAGGAUCCGUCGUGCAGUCAUCUCAUUCAGACGGUCUUUAAGUUCUCUCAGAAAGCUCUGCUGCGUGACGUCUAUAAGAAUCAUUUGAAAGAACAGCUGAUGUCUCUGGCUCUUCAUCGCAUCGCAAACUUCACCAUCCAAACCCUGAUCGCAGUCUCCAGCGGUCUCAAACUGUUUCUGAAGAUCUUUGAUGAGCUGAUGGAAGGCUUUGAGGCGGUGCUCGCCGCCGGUCACAUGGGUGUUGUCAUUCAGCUUGCAGAGAGCUGCGUGCAGUGGGAGGAGAGACAGGACACACUGAUGCAGCGCCUCCUACAGGCCUUUCACUGCAGCGACCCAGCAUCACGUCACACAUCAUGUCUGCCUCUGUUUCUGUCUUUACUGGCGUAUGAAGUGCAUUACCAGACCGAGACAGCAGGGGACGCCACCGUCACACAGCAUCCUCUGACCAUAUGUUAUCACGGGUCUCGGCUGGUUCAGGCUUUGGCUAAGUUUAAAGAUCGGUCGAUACUGAUGAACAGUCUUCACGCUCUGAGUUCGGCGGAUCUGAGGAUACUGGGGACGGACAGCGCCGGCAGUCACGCUCUGCAGGCUCUGGUGACAUCAGCCAGCGAUAAAGGCCGGGGAAAGUUCCUCAGAAAGCUGGAGGAGCUGUACGUUCAGUUGGCCUGUUCCAGGUGCGGCAGUCGUCUGCUGGAGGCGGUGUGGAACAGCGCCACCGUCAGUCAGAGACAAAGCAUCGCUGAAAAACUGGUGCCCAGUGAGAAUCAGCUCCGAUCCGAUCAGUUCGCACGACACGUUUGGGCUAAGUUUGGUCUGACGCACUUUUUGAAGCGGCGGUCGGCCUGGCUGGAGGUUCAGACGGGAGAGUCGAAGAAACUGAAGAUGUUUCGUGACAUUCUGGAGUAACGGCGGUUUCUUCAUCACUCGUUUCACCUUUAAUUAUGUCAAUACUCAUAAAUGUACGGUUUCGUAAAUAAAAACAUCAGGAACACGUUGGUCUCUGGUGUUUUGAAGCAAAUGUGAUUUUGUGCGGGUUGUGCCGUGUUUUUGUCGCGUCGGGUGAAGGUCAUCGUGGAUGGAGCAGAUACGAGUCCAGCUGUGGUCUCUCUCUAUCUGCGUGGGAGCGGACCAUCAGACCGUCGGAAUCUGUUCGCCGGGGCGAUGUGACAUUCAGCUGUAGAAUUCUCCUGACGUAGUCAAAACCAAAGAGCUGAUACGAGACCGACACAAGGACCCCUGAGAACUUGGCACAGUAGUGCUCGUGAGUGCGAUCUGUGAACUUUUACCAGGUUUACCUUUCUCACACUUCACUAUAAUGAAGUAUACUACAGUAUUUUUUCAUGCGGUUAAAUAAUAAAAACAACACCCGUGGCAAAGCCCUGAUGUGCAGCAGCUUGCAUACUUUAAAAUGAGAAGCGAGAUUAAGCAGUGUGACCGCACCGUUAACUUCCUGAAAAGGGUUUUAUGAAGUUAGUUUGGUGUCGGCGAUGUGAUUUCUCAAGAGAAUUCAAGGAUUGCGGGUUUCCUGAGGGUCCGGUCCGAUCCUCCCUCGUUAGUGAGCACUCAUUAGCGAGCUGUUGAUGGAUAAGAAGUCUUAAUUGUGCCGGACCGCGGAGCGUCCAUCUGCCUCAGACCUGCAGCUGUGAGCUGGUAUCUGCUCGUGGAGAUCUCACAGCUGCUCUCCAUCUGCACCACAAUGUCUCGUGAACACCUUUCAACGAGAAUAUUUCUCUAGUUAUUGUUCAUUGUGUGUCCGUGUCAAAGAUCCUUCAGUUUCACCCAUGAU